AUGGUGGACAAUUGGGUAGAUAACAAUGAAGCUACACAAUUUGAUGAUGACGAGGUGUUUGUUGACAACACUCAACAAGAAAUCAAUGAGGAACCAACACAAAAGAGAAAAAGAGUAGGCAAAACAAGGUCCGAUUGUUGGAAAUCAUUUGAGAAGAUUUUUAUUGAUGGAGUUCGGCAUGGAAAGUGCAAAUGGUGCGAGAGGGCUCUCAAAGCCGACGGGAAUAAUACCGGUACGUCUAGCUUAAAUAAGCAUGCAAAGAAUUGUAAAAAAAACCCCGAGAAUUUGAAAAACCAACAAACAUUACAAUUUAAAAAAGAACCAACCGGGGAGGGUAGUGUUAGCACUUGGAAACAUGACGACAAACGAAUUAAAAAGGCUAUGUUGAAUUUAUUUGUAGUGGGUGGUCUACCUUUUAAAUUUGUAGAAAAUGAGGCCUUUAUUGAAUACACAAACGCACUAAACGGGAAGGUGAUUGUACCUUGUCGAACAACAAUUUCAAAAAAAGUGUCACUUUAUUAUCAAGAAGAAAGAAAUAAGUUGGUAACAUUCUUAUGUAAUCCACUUAACACGAUUCAUUUGACCACCGAUUGUUGGACAAGUCCGAGUAAAAGGGUGCAUUAUAUUGUCAUUACCGCACACUUUAUUGAUGAUAAUUGGGAGAUGCACAAAAGGAUAAUCAACUUUAAAGAAUUAGAUAGUCAACGGGGGGAAGAUAUCGGAAAAGAAGUGUUGAAAUGUAUUCAAGGGUGGGGUAUUAAAAAUGUCAUGACUUGUACGGUUGAUAAUGCAAGUUCUAAUGACAAAGCAAUAGAGUUUCUAAAAAACAAAUUACCAAACUUGUACAAUGAAGGAAAACACUUUCACAUUAGGUGUAUGGCACACAUUAUCAAUCUAAUUGUGAGAGACGGGAUGAAUAAAAAUGACGAGAGUGUUAAAUGUUUGCAAGACGCCGUAAGAUAUAUUAGAAAGUCCACACAACGGAUUGCUCUAUUUAAAAAGUGCAUGAAAGCCGUCGGGGUGGAAUCAACCAAAUUUUUGUGCAACGAUUGUCCCACUCGUUGGAACUCAACUUACGACUUAUUGAAGAUCGCGGUGGAUUUAGAAAAAGCUUUCUAUGAGUAUGAAAUGGAAGAUCGUUCCUUUGCACGAGAUGUGGUAACCCCCGUGAGUGAAGAUUUUGUAACUUGUCGAGCAAUGGUCUCCUUUCUUGAGAAGUUCAAGUUGAAAACAGAAUUGGUGUCGACGACUUCAAAACCAUUGGCAAAUCGGUUUUUUGGAGAAUUUGCGACUAUCUUGGAUCCGCGAAUGAAGACAGAAUUUCUUAGACAUGCUUUUGAAACAUUGAUCAAGUACAAGAUGCCGGAAAAUAAACCCCUUUCCGAAUUAGAUAUUACUGCGAAGACUAAGUCUUUAAUCAAGGAUAUUGAAUCGAGAUUUGAGAACUUUUUUAAUUGUUACAAUACCAACUCUAAUGUACCAUUUGAAACCGGUGGUAGUCAAGAUGCUGUGCAUAUUGAUGAUGAUGACGACUUUGUGGGUGACUAUUUUGCUCAAUCGGUGAAUUCAUCGGCUUCAAAGGAAACGGAAUUAACACGAUACUUGAACGAAGGACAAACCCAAGGCGUUAAGGACUUUGAUAUAUUGGUUUGGUGGAAAAAUAACGCAUCUCGUUACCCAAUUCUCUCGCGGAUGGCAAAAGAUCUUUUGGGCAUUCAAAUAUCUACCGUGGCUUCCGAGUCCGCUUUUAGUACAAGCGGUCGCAUAAUUGAUAGUUACCGAGCAAACUUGUCCGCACCUAUAAUAGAGGCUUUGGUUUGCACCCAAGAUUGGGUGAGGAAAUCAAAGAAGCCAAUUGUUGACAGCAUCGAUGAUAUUCUUAAAGAUGAUGACAUAGCUAAAGAGUUGGAAGACGCCAUACGCACCCAAAAUGGAAAUGGAAAAAGGCCGAUAGAUAUUAACGAGUAG